UUGUGGGCAGGUAAAUGCAAAACAAAACGAGCCCGUUGAAGGUGGAGCAGCGUAUUUACAUGGAUUCUCACGCAAGCGAAAAAAAAUUUCAGCGACCUCCCCUCCCCCGGGCCGCUGUAUUUUAUCUGGUUGUAGUUGUCCUGGUGUAGGUGUGGGGUGGCUUCGUCCUGUCUGCUUUAUUGGGGGGAGGGGAGCGUUUCGUUGAGGGUCACUUCUCGGGUUUUAGUGGUGUUUAGAGUUUAGUGUCUCUCUUUUCCUCAUGAGCAUGACGGCGUCUCUUGAUUAUUUGGUUGUUUUAUUUGGGGCAACUGCGGGGGCACAUGGGAAAAAGCUGGGAUCUGAUGAGAAGGAGUUGGUGCUUCUGUUGUGGCAAGUGGUGGAUUUGGUCAAUCAAGAGGCGGGGGAAGUGCACAAAGUAUUUGUAAAGCCGAAUGACUUGGAGCUCACAGAGCAAUCUCCGGAGCACGCUAACAUCACUGUGCAAGACCUGACCACGGCAGAAAGUCUGGAACAAGUCCUUCAACAGUUCAAUCGAUCUGUGAGCACUGAGUUGAAUAUCGGAGUGGGCACUUCCUUCUGCCUUUGUACAGAUAGCCAACUACUAAUUCGCCAAGUCUUCCACCCUGAAGCUUCCAACAAGAAUGUCGUGUUGCCAGAAUGCUUCUAUUCUUUCUUCGAUUUGCAAAAAGAGUUUAAGAAAUGCUGCCCAGAUGCGCCUGCUCUGCAGGAGCUCGAUCUCCGUGCUAUGUCCAAAUAUCUACACCUUGAAGAUAGAUCAGACUCCUUCCAGUUUGGUGUUUCAGAUAUUAUGACUUCAAGUGACAUUAUAUUAACCAUUGUAGCUGAACCCCACAAUCACAGGUUUACCAAUCCAGAAAGAGUGAAUCACAAAUUUGAAACAGGCACUUGUUUAUAUAAUCUGCCUAUUGAUAAACAAGAUUCUGGUGUGCGAGAUGUGAAAGAUAUAAAAGGGAUCUAA